UUUUCUUGCACGUGGUUCUUCGUUUUCAACAUGGCGGCGGCAUCCAUGGUUACAAGUUUCUGUUUCUUACAGCUGAAUAAUCUGUCAUGUUCGAGGAAUCUGUGCCGUCGAUUACUGACUGUAUUCAGUAGUGGUAAAACGCGAUUGAAACUCUAUGCAGAUAGUAGUGAUUUUCACAUGAAAAAAGCAUCGCAUUUCACACAGGAAGAUCUGCUCUCGCACAUCCCUGUUGAUAAACUGAAGAUAACAUACAGUCGGAGCAGCGGACCGGGCGGCCAGCAUGUCAACAAGGUCAGUACGAAAGCAGAGGUCCGCUUCCAUGUGCAGACAGCAGAAUGGAUUCCAGAAGAAGUGAGGAGGGAGAUUCUCCUGAAGAAUAAAACUCGUGUCAACAAAGCAGGAGAGUUAAUCGUGACCUCUGAGAUGAGCAGAAGCCAACAGAGGAACCUAGAAGACUGUCUUCAGAAGAUCUCAGAGAUGAUCGCUGCAGCCAGUCAGCGGCGGCCGGAGCCGGAGCCGGAGGAUCUCGCCCUCAGAGCUCACAGAUUAGAUAAAAGAAAUUUGGAAAGACUCAAGCAGAAGAAGAUACAUGCUGCAACAAAGCAAGCAAGACGAGUCGACUUUGACUGAACCCAAAACAUUAUUUCAUUUGUUCUGUAUUCAAAUUUUGAUUAAAAACUCACCAAAAUAUCACACUGUAAAAGUUGUUGUUGUAUGUAUAGCAUGUACUGAAUUAUGUCAGAUUAUUUAUAACUUUUUUUCUGAAAAUAAAAUUUUAGAUUUGAAGCAAGAUUUAAUAAACUGUAAACCUGUGUUAAAGCAAAGAGCUGGUUUAUA